AUCUCGCGCAGUGAACAUCUAUUUAUCCGUAGUGAUGAGUAAGUCUGUGUUGAACAAUAAAACAGCUGUGAUUACCGGUGCAGCCAAUGGAAUUGGCUUUGCAACAGCGGAAGAGCUUCUCAAGAGUGGAGUAUCGAAAAUACUCCUAUUGGAUAUAGCAGCUGACUUAAGCCCAAGCCAAUACGCUCAGCUCAAGACCUGUAACCCGAAGGCGGACGUUUCCUAUAGGCAAUGCGAUGUGACCAACAAGCAACUAGUAGAAAAGAUUUUCCGCCAGGAUGCCAUGAAACUGCUCGGAUCAAUCGACAUACUUGUGAAUUGUGCGGGGAUUUUCGAAUGUGAACCCGCCAAGUGCGUCGGCGUUAAUUUGAUUGGAUUAAUGGACUGCACUCUAAUUGCGAUGGACUUGAUGACUAAGGAGAAAAACGACAAAGGAGGAUUUAUUAUUAACAUUUCUUCUAUCGGUGGUUUGGAACCGUACCCGGUGGCUGCCGUAUACACGGGAACGAAAUUCGGAGUUACCGGUUUCACGCGCGCUUUGGGGACCGAGUUGGUGUACAACAAAACGGGAAUAAAACUUGCGGCAAUCUGUCCGAGUGCUACUGAAACUAAUAUUAUGAGAGCUGCCGGAGGCAGUUCUAUCACUUUUCCGUGGAUGAAGGAAACAGCCGAGGAGCUUAUCAAAAAAUAUCCCGUUCAGCAACCAAGUGCUGUCGGAAAAUGCAUUGUGAAGGUUAUAGCGGAGGGAGAAACAGGAUCGGCUUGGUAUUCUGCCGUGGAUACAAUUACUCAGGUUAAGUUCGAACCCAACAAGUAUGUCUAAAGAACGACGCAAAAGUUUUCCAAGAUGGAGCUGGAACGCACCACCCCAAGCCUACAGCGAAGAAAUAUGUUCACGAAACACUUCAUUAAAAUAGAAAACAAUGUCAACUACUCAAGUUUGAUGUUAUGGUGCAACUUCGAAGUUGACAUCUAUUGAAAAUAAAAUAAAACUUCA